CCUCUUCCCUGCGUCCCAAUGUAAACAAAGUCGACAGAUUCGACACUCGAAGGAGGCGGAGAGACUACGAAGGAGUUACCUCAGAACAUACAUUCCCUUGUCCCUUAGAUCAAAUAUACGGUGUGAGACGAUUCAUUUCAAUUUAAGAUGGACCAACUGCCUCAGCACAUUCAUGGCUCCAGCACAGACAAGUCAAAGUUUUUGAAGUCCACAGUCUUGGGAACUGUGGCUGGCUUCCUCAUACCUGUCCUGCUACCAUUCUUUCACCUGGGGAUUAUCUCACACCUGUGGGAUGAGUUCAACUACAAAGUGGACCGCAAGGGCUGUUCUUGCUCGUGCUGGGACACCAUCUUCAAAGGUAUCUAUGAACGAGGUCCAUCUGGCUAUAAGCAUAUCUACUUCAACAUUACAUCCAACACCUUCAAAAUCUGGAUGGUGACUGUCCUCUCCAUUCUUUUGAUUUAUGAGUCUGUCAAGAGGACGUUGCGGCUCCACUUCUCUGGUCAGCUGCGUAAAUCAAUGCUGGUGCUGCUUAUAGCUAGCGUGUAUCCGCAUUAUUACUCGUGGUGGUCGUACUUUAACUACUGGAAUGAUGAUUUCUAUAGACAGUGGAAUCAUCAGCUCUUCUUCUCGAUUACAGAACUCAUCUCUACUCUGGCAGUAGUUUACCUGCUAGACAAGUAA